AUGGCAGAGCAGCCAGUCGCGGAGGUGUUCACCUUCCCGACAAAUCCAGCGGAUUUCGAGAAUGACGACCGCAUCUCGUUCUCCAAGCUGGACAACAAGUUCAUCGCUGUCCAGGAGUCUGACGGCACCGAGUUCGAGUUUGAUCAUCAGCUGAAGCGAUGGAUUCCAGUCGCAGAUGAGGAUGAGGAAGCCUUCAUUCAACAGCAUCAAGACGCAUACGGGAGCGCCCAAGACCCAAGUGCAGACAGCAGUGCUCAGCCUAGCAACGGCAGAAAGCGGAAGCAAGACCAAGUCGAGGAUCAGGACAAUAAUGGUGCCUCCUCUGCCUCCAACAACCACCGCAAAAACAAGAAGCAAAACACUCAAAAACAGCCACCCCAGAACAGAGCCAUCUACGUCACUGGCCUGCCUCUCGACGUGACAGUAGACGAGGUCGCCGAGGUGUUCAGCCGCAAGUGCGGCGUCAUCGCCGAGGAGAUCGACAGCGGGCGGCCUCGGAUUAAGCUAUACGCGGACAGCGAUGGCAACUUCAAGGGAGACGCGCUCAUCGUGUUCUUCAAGCCGCCAAGCGUCGAGAUGGCCAUCAUGCUUCUGGACGACACACAUUUCCGGUACAGCGAUUCUGGCUUAGGGUCAGGCAAGAUGCGGGUACAGGCUGCGGAGUCCAGCUACAAGAAGACACAAUACACUGAGGGUGCCGAGGGCGCUGAAGCUAAAGAGCCAGGGGCAAAGCAGCACAACAAUGGCAAAGGCGCGGGCAAGGACAGGGAGAAGGUGAUCAAGAAAACGCAGAAGCUCGACGCAAAGCUGGCCGACUGGUCCGACGACGAGUCUGCCUACGUACCACCUGAGCAGCGCACGGGCAAGAAGGACAAGAUGGUCAUCCUCAAGCACAUGUUUACGCUGCAGGAGCUCGAGGACGACCCGGCAGCGCUGCUGGAGAUCAAGGAGGACAUCCGCGAGGAGUGCGAGAAGCUGGGCGAGGUGACCAACGUGGUACUGUACGACCUGGAGCAGGACGGUGUGGUGAGCAUCAAGUACAAGAAGCCAGAGUCGGCCGACGCUUGUGUGCAGCUGAUGAACGGGAGGGCCUUUGGCGGGCAGAGGGUCGAGGCCUACAUACCAAGUGGGCGGCUCAAGUUUCAGAGGUCCAAGGAUAACAACGACGAUGCGGGAGAGGAUGACUGA